AUGAGGAUAGGAAGAUACUGGGGGAGAACUUGGGUUGCCAAGUUUUUUGGCGCAAGUGCUACACAUCCUUUGGCUUGGAUUCUGAAUUCAACGAUGAUAUGGAUGACGAAGACUCGGAAGACUCACACCAAUACAGGGAACCAAGUAUUUCAUCACCGCUAUGACCCAAGACUCGCAAGACCAGUCCAUCUACUUGGACUACAACUCAACAAUCUUAGAACUUCCAAGAAAACACAUCGACAGAGGAACCUCUAUGACCCAAGACUCACAAGACCGUUCAAGGCAUUGUCUCAAUUUUACCAAAAGUUGGCCCUAGACAUUCAUAUCAUGAGCUUGUGGACCAUCGGCGACCAUUAUGUCCUUCUUGACAUCAGCGUAGAGAGGACCACUAUCAAUGUUUACGACUCUCGAGGGAGCCAACUAGAGAUCAUCCAUCCCUUCAUUGAGGCGUUGAACAAGGCCUAUGAGAAGUUCAAGUCAAGGUCCAAGAAACAUCAUGAGCUUGGUAGAUCUAGGUUUCGAGUAGUAUCGGCCGGCUCGAUCCAAAUGCAGCCUACGGGCAAUGAUCUCUAUGGGUUCUAUGUCAUGCAUUACAUGCGCAACCUCAUCAAUGCUCUCUCCGGCUCACAAGUUUGGCCCCUCAGCCCCUUUAGUAAAUUUGGAUGA